AUGAGCACCUCUCCCCCCGCCGCCGCCGCGUCGCCUCCGCCGCCUACCGCCGCCGCCGACGAGGCCGCGCGGGCGACGGACACGGUGGUGGUCGACGAGAGGGUCGCCUCACACGUGGACCCGUUCCUCGUCGAGGCGCUCGACAACCCUCGCCAUCGCCUCAUGAUUCUACGGAUGGAACUGGAUAUACAAAACUUUAUGCAGAACUCUCAGCUGCAGGAGUUUGAAUUCCAGAACUAUCCGACUUCUUACCUCCGCUGUGCUGCUCAUCGUGUUGCACAACAUUAUGGCUUAGAGACUAUAGUAGCAGAUAGUUUAGUAGAAGGCUCAGUUAGCAGGAUUGUUGCAAGAAAAACACCAGAAAGCAGGUAUCCUGCAAUUGCUUUAUCAGAAGUUCCUAGCAGACAAGCAAGAAAUGGUCAUGAAGCGGCAGAGAAGCUUAAGUUUGUCAUCUAUCAAAGGCCCAAAGCAUUCCAAAAUGGAAGCGCUGAUUCUAGAAACAUGAAUGGUGCACCAAAAACUGUUGAAGAGAGAAUAGAGGAAUAUAAUAGAGCACGAGCGCGCAUCUUCAAUGGUUCCAUUUCUGCAGAUUCUGAUGCUGCAAGUGUUUUGGGAACUCUUUCCACUGGCAGAGAUGAGCCAGUAAAUGUUGAGCCAUCUGUUGAUGAAAUCAAAGUCAGCACAAUGAACAGCCGUUCCAGAGUUGCUGUUUUUAAGGAUACUGAAAAGGAUCGUAGUGACCCAGACUACGAUCGAAACUACACAAGGUAUGUUAGGAGCCCAGUGCCUGACUUCAACUUGAGCCCAGGUGCCUUCAACUUUGUUGUGCCUCAGUUUAUGCAGUACGGCGUUGGUUAUGUGCAAUCUCCUGGCAUGUCCACAAACCAGCCUACUGUGUACUUUGGCCAGCCUGAUCUAGCAAUGGGGUCUUCUUCUGGAGCUGCUGUUUACCCGCAUUGGUCAACGCCAGCAAUGAUGUAUCCCCAUUUGCUAUGA